UGUAUUUAUUAUAAUAGUUGCAAUCUCCCCUUCAAGCUGUUUUCAUCAUUACAUCAUCUCUAUCUAUAGCAGCCAUAGCCAUAGAUAGAUCCAUUGUCAUCUGUCUACCUGCUGUAAGCAACUUCACAGCCAGAACCUGUUUACUGAUAGUUCCUGUUAUAUGGACGCUAGCUGGGGUCCUUGUUCUACCUUUAGGAUUUUCUAACCGCCUCUACAGUCCAAGUGAGUCUUUGGCUCUAACAGGUUUCAAGUUCUCCUCCAUGGUAGACCUUUACAAGACUAAUCCUGAGAUGAACAUAUCCUUGUACAACCAGCUCAAUCUUGUAAACAACUACAUUACAUGGUCUAAUGAGAGCAACACCUACGAGUACAAUCAAGCUUUCUUCGAAUUGGAGAAAUCAGAAAUAGAACCGACUGAUCUAAUAGUUAGACAUAUCGAACUUCUGCUACAAGAAACAAGAAUACCUAGAGAACAGCUGGGUUCUAGGUGCUUAGAGAUUGAGGAGAGAAAGCCGUUCUUCCGAACCUACGUUAUUCUGAUCCUGCUGAUUCAAUAUAUUGUACCUCUGCUCACAGUUCUUAUUGCAAACUCUACAAUAUUCUCAAAACUCAGGAUCAGGAUGAACACAUAUACCAGUAAAAGUGUGACAAUGAUGAGAACACUAGAGAUAAGAAGAAUGAAAAGAACCUGUAUUCUACUAAUCUUUAUGAUUGCUGUAUUCACAAUAUGCUGGCUUCCUUUAACAGUUUUUAACAUAGUUCAGGAUUUGAAAGAAAGAAGUGAAGGUGAAGGAGAAAACGGAGGAAAUGGAAGAAAUGAAAAUGAGGAUAAUAUGUUCUUCACAUUAUUUGCUCUGUGUCACCUCAUAGGAAUGCUGUCCGCAUGUACUAAUCCUGUACUGUACGGUCUUCUUAAUGAAAACUUCAAAGCCGAGUACAGAGCAAUGAUGAACUGCAUUACUGGAAGUACACAAUCUAGACAAAUAGAACAAGAACAAGAGUUAGAACUUAGAGAAAGACAAGAUCAGGUGCUUGAUAACGUACAACGUGAACAAGAACACGAUCAAGAAGAACAACAACUCCAACAACCAAGGCAUCAUCUAUAGACCCUAUAACAUUAACAGCAAUAUUCAUAAUAACAACAUUUACAACAAAAAACAUCAUGAACAACAAAAACAUCAAUGAUAGAUUGACAAGAACAAGAUAAAAGGGAAAUUAACAGCAAGAACAACAUAAUUAACAAGAAGAACUAAAACAAGAACAUAUAAAUAACAAAAACAAGAUUAACAAAAUUAUCAUAAGUAAGAACACCAGAAAUAAAAGAUACCCAAAGAUCAAAAA